AUGUCUAAAUUUUAUGAACUAGCUCCUCUCAACAACAAAGGUGAACCAUUCCCAUUCUCCGAAUUAAAGGGUAAGGUUGUCGUGAUAGUAAACGUUGCCUCCAAGUGUGGUUUUACUCCUCAGUAUAAGGAAUUGGAAGCAUUGAACAAACAAUAUGAAGGUAAGGAUGUUCAAAUCUUGGGAUUUCCAUGUAACCAAUUCGGUGGACAAGAACCAGGUUCAUCCGAAGAGAUUGCAUCAUUUUGUCAAUUGAACUUUGGUGUCACUUUCCCUGUAUUACAAAAAAUCGAAGUUAACGGUGACAACGCAGACCCAGUUUACAAAUAUUUGAAAAGCCAAAAAUCCGGUUUAUUGGGAUUAACUAGAAUUAAGUGGAACUUCGAGAAGUUUCUCAUCGACAAGAAGGGUAACGUCAUUGAAAGAUACUCUUCCGUCACGAGUCCUGCUAAGUUAUCAACCAAGAUUGAUGAGUUAUUGAAGCAGUAG